AUGCUGCACUACGACGAAGAAUCCGGUCUUUCCAUCGGUGAUCUUCUCUUCUUAUCACCAGAAGAAAGCACAUUUUCGUACAAAUUUCUUGCUGAUGAACUUUACGAUGCUGUGAAAGGCAACAAAUCGUACUGGAUGACGAAAGGCGACGCCGGGGAACUGCCGAUCAUAACGGAUUUUGAGAAGCGCUUUUCAGAGCUCCUUCAUGUCGUUUGGGGUGAUCAAAUUGAGCCAGAAGUCGCACCAACUCAGCCUUUAACUGUGGAAUCUACUGAGGAACGUUCAUUGCAAGAGGAUGUAAUUGCUGCAAGGACUCUCGCAGACAUGGGGGAAAUUGAAAUUCCUGAAGAAGUGGAAGAAAAAAACCUCGAGCUUCAGAAGUGGAACAAAUAUCACAAGAUUCUUCGCGCUCUUUUACGUAACGCACAGGACAAAGAAUUCUACAGAAACGCCUUGAUGCUUUUAAAAGAAAACUCUGGUGUAAGCAACGAGGACCUCGACUUUGUUUUCACAUUUCUCCGC